CAUUACACUUUUGUAACACACGGACUUUUUCUGGUGUUACACACUCAACGAUUAACAGAAACUAGCGAACUCAUUCAAGGGUUUGUUCAACACAAGUACUCCUGUUCAAAGUUGAACGAUGUUCCUGACGAGAUCAGAAUAUGACAGAGGCGUCAACACAUUCUCUCCUGAAGGAAGGUUAUUUCAAGUUGAAUAUGCGAUUGAGGCUAUAAAACUUGGCUCCACAGCCAUUGGUAUCCAGACAACGGAGGGGGUGUGUCUGGCUGUGGAGAAGAGGAUUACCUCUCCAUUGAUGGAGCCCAACAGCAUUGAGAAGAUUGUGGAGAUCGAUAGUCACAUUGGUUGCGCGAUGAGUGGCUUGAUAGCUGACGCCAAGACUCUAAUUGACAAAGCCCGAGUGGAAACACAGAACCAUUGGUUCACUUACGACGAGACCAUGACGGUGGAGAGCGUGACCCAGGCCGUUUCCAACCUGGCGCUCCAGUUUGGGGAGGAGGAUGCCGACCCUGGUGCAAUGAGUCGACCAUUUGGAGUCGCACUUCUUUUUGGAGGGGUGGAUGAAAAAGGACCUCAAUUGUAUCACAUGGACCCUUCAGGAACCUUUGUGCAGUGUGACGCCCGAGCAAUUGGCUCAGCGUCUGAAGGUGCACAGAGCUCCCUCCAAGAAGUCUACCACAAGUCCAUGACGCUAAAAGAUGCCAUCAAGUCAUCUCUCACCAUUCUGAAGCAGGUGAUGGAGGAAAAGCUCAACGCAACCAACAUUGAGCUGGCAACGGUGGAGCCAGGGAAAACCUUCCACAUGUACUCCAAAGAAGAACUGGAGGAUGUGAUCAAGGAUAUUUAGAUGAUUUUCAGCGCAGGCACCAGAGAACAGGAAGUACACCUGGCCUCGGUCUCGGGCCACAAAACACAACUUUCCAUCAGCACCCAGAUCUUUUUGGAUUACACCACAGGUUUUUGUUUGUGAGAUGUGCUCAUGGACUUCUUGCCUAUCAGCGUCUGGAAUGGGCAGGAAGAAAACAGGGGGAGGGGUAUUUUUUUCUAAAAAUCAGUACUUCAAUUAAACUGUUGUAUUCCACAUUUAAA